AUGUGCAAUGCAGCCACUAGACAAGUCGAAUGCGUGGCUGCUAAAUGCAAACGUUCAGAGAGGUGCAGGCUAGUGAAUGGCAUAAGGGGCUGUUACCCCUCUAGCUACGCCACCUGCUCUGUGACAAGAAAUCUGCACUAUGCCACCUUUGAUGGACAGAGAUACGACUUCCAAGGCACCUGCCACUACCAGCUAACUGCCCUGUGCAAGAAGGCAGAGGGACUGGUGGACUUUGAAGUCUAUUUCCAGGAGAACAGUACUGCUCCUGUACAGAUCAAGGUUUAUGAGACUGACAUCAGGGUCAGCAACCAAUUCCCUGGCAAAAUCAUGGUGAACCAUUUCCUCCUUACUCUUCCAUUCAACUUUGAUGAUAAGAAAAUCACUGUGUAUAGAAAGGGCUUGGCCACAGUGAUUCAGACAGACUUUGGCCUCAGCAUUACCUAUACCAGGUGGUCAGGACGCACCACGGUUACUCUGCCAGUCACCUACGUAGGAGCCGUGUGUGGUCUGUGUGGCAACUUUAACAUGGACAGGAAGGACGACAUGCUUAUGAGGGAUGGCACGCUGGCACCAAACCCUAUCAGCUUUGGCCAGAGCUGGAAGGUGGGCGACCUCUCGGGGUGCUCUGCAUGCGGAUGCCUCCACAGAGGACUUUACUACCAAGCUGCGGAGACCUUCCACCCAAGUGGUUCAUGCGAGGAGCAGUGCGUGUGUCAGGCUGGUGGGGAGGUUGUGUGUAAGGCAUUCUCCUGCGGUGCUGGUGAGCAAUGCAGGGUGGUGGACGGCAUCCAGAAAUGUCACCCAUUUGGAUCUGCGACCUGUUCUGCCUCUGGCCAUCCCCACUACCUCUCUUUCGAUGGGGUUCCCUUUGACUUCCAAGGCACGUGCACCUACAUCCUGGCCAAGACCUGCACCGAUGCCCGUGACCUUACACCAUUCACUAUCAGCGUAGAGAAAGAAGAUUGGGGCACCAAGAACAUGUCCGUGGCCAAGCUGGUGUCCAUUCAGGUGUAUGAGAUCACACUCACCCUGCUGCAAAACAAACAGGGGCUCAUCAUGGUGGAUGGGGUGUCCCACAACCUCCCAGUGAUCCUGGCUGAUGGGCGACUUACAGCCUAUCAACAUGGCACAAACAUUCUGGUGCAAACCAACUUCGGCCUCACUGUGAGCUACGACCUGGUUUACCAGGCCAGAGUCACUGUCCCAGAGAGCUACGAGGGCCAGACGUGCGGCCUGUGCGGGAACUACAAUGGACAGGAAGAUGAGGAGUUCCUACUCCCUGAUGGCAGCACAGCCCCUGAUGCAGCAGCACUUGGCUCUGCUUGGGAAGUCCAGAUCCCAGGAGCAUCCUGCAAAGACAGAUGUGCUGGAAACAGCUGUCCAGUUUGCGAAGAGAAGAAGAAGGAGGUCUUCAAAAGGCGCAACUCCUGUGGGCUGCUCACAGACCCCGACGGCCCCUUUGCAGCCUGCCACGGCACGGUCAGUCCCAGCGUGUAUCAGAGCAACUGCCUGUAUGAUCUAUGCCUGGGCAAUGGGGACCCACAGGUUCUGUGCCAGAGCAUCCACAGCUACAUGACAGCCUGCCAAGAGGCUAAGGUCUUCAUCCAGCCCUGGAGGAGCGCAUCCUUCUGUGCUGUGAGCUGCCCAGUCAACAGCCACUAUGAGGUCUGCACCAACCUCUGCACCACCACCUGCACUGGAGACAUCAUGGACUGCCCAGAGACCUGUGCUGAAGGCUGCCAGUGUGACGCUGGCUUCUUCUUUGAUGGCCAGGGCUGUGUGACUCCAGAAAGCUGUGGGUGCUUCGAGCGUGGAAGAUAUUACAAGCCCAAUGAGACGGUCCUGAUGAACGAGUGUCAGCAAAGCUGCACCUGUGUUCCUGCUCGAGGGGUGACUUGUAAAGCCCACAACUGCUCCCGAGAAGAAAUCUGCCAGAUUAGAGAUGGCAUCAGGGCCUGCAUCAGCAAAGUUAUUCCAUCCUGCAGUGUGGUUCACUGCAGAGAAGGAACUAUUUGCAAGAUGAUAAAUGGGCAUCCAGAGUGUGUGCCAGUCUCUCAGGCCACGUGCUGGGCUGGGGGUUACUUGCAUUACCACACCUUCGAUGGACGGGCAUAUGAUUUCCAUGGCACCUGCAACUACAUGGUGGCCAAGACCUGUAGGGAUGACUCCGGCCUGCCCUCCUUCCAUGUCAUGGCCAAGAUUGAGAACAGGGGGAACACACAGGUCUUCUACAUUGGGUCGGUAACAGUCCAAGUGGAUGGAGUCACCAUCACAGCAGCCAAGGCUGAAGUUGGCUUUGUGGGGGUGAAUAAUACCAAGGCUCACUUACCCAUCUCCCUGAACAAUGGGGCCCUUCGGCUCUAUCAGAGCGGCACCUCCCUCAUCCUCCGCACCGACUUCAACCUCAGUGUGUCCUAUGACUGGAACAACCACCUGAGGGUCACCGUCCCCAAUGACUUCUCCGACAGCCUGUGUGGCCUGUGUGGCAACUAUAACGGGGACCUUUCUGAUGACUUCGGGACCCCGGCCGGGGAUCUGGCUCCCAGUGUUACUGCCUUGGGGAAAAGCUGGGCAGUGGAAGAUGAGGAUUAUUUUUGCUGGCACGAUUGCAUUGGAGGUUGCAGGCCCUGUGCCACCAACAUAGCCAGAAAGUACAAGGAGGAGGCCUUGUGCGGCCUGAUAACCAAGGUCUCAGAUGGGCCCUUCAGCCAGUGCCACAGCAAGGUGGAUCCUAUAGUCUACUUGGACAACUGCGUGUACGAUCUGUGCCACAACGACGGCUACCGGAAGGCCCUGUGUGAGGCCCUGAAGGCCUACGCGGAUGCCUGCCAGCUGGAGGGGGUCAGGAUUGGGGAAUGGAGGCAGCUGGCCAGAUGCCCCAUGGAGUGCCCUCUGGAGAACAGCCAGUACCAGCUCUGUGGAACAGCCUGCCCAGCCACGUGUGUGGACCAGUCAGCCCCCAGCAGCUGCCAAGACCCCUGUGUGGAAAGCUGCCAGUGCAAGGAUGGUUUUGUGCUGAGCCAGGGCAAAUGCAUUCCAAAGGGCGACUGUGGGUGCCUAUUUGAGGGGCACCCCUAUGCCCCCAAUGAGAGUUUCUGGGUCGAUAAAGCAUGUGGGACACGGUGCAUAUGCAAUGCAACCACUAGGCAAGUCGAAUGUGUGGCUGCUAUGUGCAAACAGUCAGAGAGGUGCAGGCUAGUGAACGGCGUACGGGGCUGUUACCCCUCCAGCUACGCCACCUGCUCUGUGACAAGGAAUCUGCACUAUUCCACCUUUGAUGGACAGAGAUACAACUUCCAAGGCACCUGCCUCUACCAGCUCACGGCUCUGUGCGAGAAGGCAGAGGGACUAGUGGACUUUGAAGUCUACUUCCAGGAGAACAAUACUGCUCCUCUACAGAUCAAAGUGUAUCAGACCAACCUCAGGGUCAGCAAUCAAUUCCCUGAGAAAGUCCUGGUGAACGGGAUGUCCCACAACCUCCCAGUGAUCCUGGCUGAUGGGCGACUUAGAGCGUAUCAACAUGGCACAAACAUUCUGGUGCAAACCAACUUCGGCCUCACUAUGAGCUACGACCUGGUUUACCAGGCCAGGGUCACCAUCCCAGAGAGCUACAAGGGCCAGACGUGCGGCCUGUGUGGGAACUACAAUGGACAGCAGGAUGAGGAGUUCCUGCUCCCCAGUGGCAGGACAGCCCCUGAUGCAGCAGCAUUUGGCUCUGCUUGGGAAGUCCAGAUCCCAGGAGCAUCCUGCACAGACAGAUGUGCUGGAAACAGCUGUCCAGUUUGUGAAGAGAAGAAGAAGGAGGUCUUCAAAGGGCGCAGCUACUGUGGGCUGCUCACAGACCCCGAUGGCCCCUUUGCAGCCUGCCACGGCACAGUCAGCCCCAGCGUGUAUCAGAGCAACUGCCUAUAUGAUCUGUGCCUGGGCAACGGGGACACACAGGUUCUGUGCCAGAGCAUCCACAGCUACGUGACAGCCUGCCAAGAGGCCAGGGCCCCCAUCCUGCCGUGGAGGAACAUCUCCUUCUGUCCUGUGAGCUGCCCAGUCAACAGCCACUAUGAGGUCUGCACCGACAUCUGCACCAUCACCUGCUUUGGAGACAUCAUGGAC